GCUGCAUUUCUACUUGGAAAGGGGUCAUUUUUGCUUGAACAUCAUGUCCUAUUCCAGACUAUCUCAGUCUCAGAACUAUAGCUCAACUUCUUUCUCUGGAGGCCAUAGUGGUGGUGGUGGUGGCAUUGGCCAGUGUGGUGGAGGAGGCAUUGGUGGCUUUGGUGGUGGUGGCUACGGAGGAGGAGGCUUUGGUGGUGGUGGCUACGGAGGAGGAGGCUUUGGAGGUGGUGCUGGUGGUGGCUAUGGAGGUGGUGCUGGUGGUGGUUAUGGAGGUGGUGCCGGUGGUGGCUACGGAGGUGGUGCUGGUGGUGGCUAUGGAGGUGGUGCUGGUGGUGGCUAUGGUGGUGGUGCUGGUGGAGGCUAUGGCGUUGGUGGAGGCGACAGCUCCUUCCCUGCCAAUGAAAAGCAAACAAUGCAGAAUCUCAAUGACCGUUUGGCCAGCUAUCUGGACAAUGUCCGUGCACUGGAGGAGGCAAAUGCUGAACUUGAACGUAAGAUUAGGGAAUGGUAUGAAAAAAAUCGUCCAGGAGGGCAAACUGGGGAACCAGGAAAAGACUACAGCAAAUAUUAUAAGGAAAUUGCUGACCUGAAAGAAAAGAUCCUUGCUGCAACUAUUGACAAUGCCAGCAUAAUUUUGCAGAUUGAUAAUGCCAGGUUGGCUGCUGAUGACUUCAAACUGAAGUAUGAGAGUGAGCUAGCCCUUCGCCUUAAUGUGGAGGCUGAUACUAAUGGCCUACGUAGAGUCAUGGAUGAACUGACUAUGGCCAAAUCGAACCUGGAAUCAGAAUUUGAAAGUCUUACUGAAGAACUUGCUUAUCUGAAGAAGAACCAUGAGGAUGAAGUUAAAGGUUCCCAAGGAACAUCAGUGGGUGAAGUCAACGUUGAAAUGAAUGCUGCUCCUGGUAUAGAUCUGGGCAAAAUUCUAAAUGACAUGAGAGCUCAGUACGAGGCCCUGGCUGAAAAAAACCGCCGGGAUGCUGAAGACAGGUUCAACCAAAUGAGUAAUGAUCUGAAGAAAGAAAUAUCAGCAGGAGCAGAGCAGGUCCAGACUACUAAGAGUGAAGUCACUGACCUAAAGCGUUUACUUCAGUCCUUGGAGAUUGAACUCCAGUCACAGCUUUCCAUGAAAAAUGCUCUGGAACAAUCACUGGCAGAGACAGAAGGAGGAUAUUGUGCUCAGCUUUCCAAGUUACAAAUAACAAUUUCUGGUAUAGAAGAACAGCUAGCUUGCAUCCGUGCUGAUUCAGAAAAUCAAUGCUCAGAGUAUGAACAGCUCCUGGACAUCAAGAACAGACUGGAGGGAGAAAUUCAAAUUUACCGCAAACUAUUGGAAGGUGAAAGUGGAGGCGGUCAAAGCAGUGGUCAAAGCAGUGGUCAGAGCGGCAGCCAGCGAGGUGGUUCAGGGUCUAGUUCAGGAUCUCGCAAAGAAGAAAAGAAAAGCACAUACGUCACCACUAUCGUUGAGGAGAGAGUGGACGGCAAAGUUGUCUCAACAAAAGUGAACAAAGUUGAGCAAAAGUUGUGAGAGAAUGGACAUCGGUUAUAAUCAUGUUUUAAGUCUGCUUAUUGUCCAGUUAAACUCAUUGGGAUAAGUUACUUUGGCUAGAUAAGUUCAUUCUAUUUAACACCUUGCUAUAACAUUGCUGUGUUUAUUUUAUGAAAUCAAAUAAUAUUUUUGCUUUGCAAUGAAGUGCAUUGAGUUACAUUUUUCAUAAGCCCUUUCAUAAAUGAAUACGGAUCUGUCAACUUUGAGCUUUUCAACUUAAUAUAGUUACCCAUGUUUUAGACAUAUUAAUUAUACUAGUUAGUCACUUUUUUGACUCAGAAAAAUACAUCUUGCAUUUCUGAAUGUUCUGUAUAAUUACUCACUCACUUGUUGUGAGUUCUCAGGGAACCAAUCAGCUUUUACUAAACAGAUGUAAUGAAAAUUGUUGCAAAAUGGCUGCCCACACCAGCAUUUUAGAAGAUGGCAGUUCUUCAUUAAAGCGUGGAGUGAAGCAAUUAAUUAUUUCUUAUUGGUGGAGGGAUCUACAUGCGUCAAAUACUUA